AUGAGCGCCGCGUGGGGGCGGUGUCCGGGCUGGCGGCGGCGCGCGGGGGAUGCCGGGGGCGCGCGAUGUGGGCAGCCGCUGCGGGAGCUGGUGCGCGAGGCCGAGAUCAGCCUGCUCGAGUGCAAGGUGUGCUUUGAGAGGUUCGGCCCCGGCCAGCAGCGGCGCCCGCGCAACCUACCCUGCGGCCACGUGGUCUGCCUGGCCUGCGUGGCCGCGCUGGCGCACCCGCGGACUCUGGCCCUCGAGUGCCCCUUCUGCCGGCGAGGCUGCCGGGGCAGUGACACUAGCGACUGCCUGCCGGUCCUGCACCUCUUGGAGCUGCUGAGCCCCGCGCUGCCCCCGGCUCCAGCCACCUCUCCUGCCGUUCCCUGCGCUCCCGGAACGCUCACCUGCCGGCAUGCCUUUGGUGGCUGGGGGACCCUGGUCAACCCCACCGGGCUGGCGCUGUGUCGCAAGACGGGGCGCAUCGUGGUGGUGCACGACGGCCAGAGACGGGUCAAGGUCUUUGACUCCGAGGGAGGAUGUGCCCAUCAGUUUGGAGAGAAAGGGGAGUCUGCCCAAGACAUUCGAUACCCACUCGAUGUCACCGUCACCAACGACUGCCACGUGGUUGUCAGCGACGCGGGCGACCGCUCCAUCAAAGUCUUUGAUUUUUUUGGCCAUGUCAAACUCCUCAUUGGAGGCCAGUUCUCGUUACCUUGGGGCGUGGAUACCACACCCCAAAAUGAGAUCCUGGUAACUGAUGCAGAGGCAGGCUCCCUGCACAUCCUGAAAGUCGAUUUUCCAGAAGGGAAUCUCCGCAGAAUUGAGAAGAUGUGUGCCCAUCUGUGCAGUCCCCGGGGGGUGGCGGUGUCUUGGCACACUGGAGCCAUUGCCGUCCUUGAGCACCCCCCUGCUGCAGAGGGGACCCAAACGUGCAGCACCAGGGUGAAGGUGUUUAGUGCAACUAUGCAGUUCAUUGGCCAAGUGGAUUCCUUUGGGCUGAGCCUCUUCUUUCCUUCUAAAAUAACUGCCUCUGCUGUUACCUUUGAUCCCCAGGGCAAUGUGAUUGUUACCGAUACCUCCAGUCAGGCUGUCUUGUGCUUAGGAAAACCUGAGGAAUUUCCUGGGCUGAAGCCCCUCAUCACUCAAGAUCUUUCCCAUCCCGUGGCCCUGGUCUACACCAAGGAGAAUUCCCUGCUCGUGCUGGACACCGCUGCCCAUUCUGUCAAAGUCUUUAAGGCUUACUGA